CCUCAGCGGCUGCAGAGUGGGUGAGAGUCCAACCUGGGCCUGGGCGCCGGGCCUAAGCCGGCAGCGCCAGGCGGGGCGUGUAGAAGACUGUCCCCCGGCGCCGUGCGCCGCAGGGGCACUGCCUGCCCGGAAGCUGCGGCACCUCCCGAUUUUCCGCGGCUCUAUAAGGAGUAGCGCUUCGGUAGCCGGGGAGCUGGAGGGGAACCUGAUUUGAGAUCAAUUCUUGGAGAGCACAAAGAAGUGUGGUGGUAUGUUCCAGGGUUGAACCAGCUGCCCUUUGACCCUGCCAACAACAACGAGCCCCUGCAGUUUGGUAGUGCCAGUGGCCCUCUGGUCACAGAAGGCCUCAUUGAGAAUGGAGGGGAGUCAAGCAAGAAAAGAAAGAGAACAAAUGCUCCUUCAGCUGAUAAUAGUAGAACUCUGAAUGUGGAUUCAACUGCAAUGACUCUACCUAUGUCUGAUCCAACUGCAUGGGCCACAGCAAUGAAUAAUCUUGGAAUGGCACCAUUGGGAAUUGCUGGACAACCAAUUCUACCUGAUUUUGAUCCUGCUCUUGGAAUGAUGACUGGAAUUCCACCAAUAACUCCAAUGAUGCCUGGCCUAGGAAUAGUACCUCCUCCAAUUCCACCAGAUAUGCCAGUAGUAAAAGAGAUCAUACACUGUAAAAGCUGCACACUCUUCCCUCCAAAUCCAAAUCUUCCACCUCCUGCAACCCGAGAACGACCACCAGGAUGCAAAACAGUAUUUGUGGGCGGCCUGCCUGAAAAUGGGACAGAGCAGAUCAUCGUGGAGGUAUUCGAGCAGUGUGGAGAGAUCAUUGCUAUUCGGAAGAGCAAAAAAAACUUCUGUCACAUUCGCUUUGCUGAGGAGUACAUGGUGGAUAAAGCCCUUUAUCUUUCUGGUUACCGCAUUCGCCUGGGCUCUAGCACUGACAAAAAAGACACAGGCCGGCUUCACGUUGAUUUUGCACAGGCUCGAGAUGAUCUGUAUGAGUGGGAAUGCAAACAACGGAUGCUAGCAAGAGAGGAACGCCACCGCAGAAGGAUGGAAGAAGAAAGGUUGCGUCCACCAUCCCCGCCUCCAGUGGUCCACUAUUCUGACCAUGAAUGCAGCAUUGUUGCUGAAAAACUAAAAGAUGAUUCCAAAUUCUCAGAAGCUGUGCAGACCUUGCUCACCUGGAUUGAGCGAGGAGAGGUGAACCGUCGCAGCGCCAACAACUUCUACUCCAUGAUUCAGUCGGCCAACAGCCACGUCCGUCGCCUGGUGAACGAGAAAGCUGCCCAUGAGAAAGACAUGGAGGAAGCAAAGGAGAAGUUCAAGCAGGCCCUUUCUGGAAUUCUCAUUCAAUUUGAGCAGAUAGUAGCCGUCUACCAUUCCGCCUCCAAACAAAAGGCUUGGGACCACUUCACAAAAGCCCAGCGUAAAAACAUCAGUGUUUGGUGCAAACAAGCUGAGGAAAUUCGCAACAUACAUAAUGAUGAAUUAAUGGGAAUCAGGCGAGAAGAAGAAAUGGAGAUGUCUGAUGAUGAAAUAGAAGAAACAACAGAAACAAAAGAAACUGAAGAAUCAGCUUUAGUAUCACAGGCAGAAGCUCUGAAAGAAGAAAAUGACAGCCUCCGUUGGCAGCUAGAUGCCUACCGGAAUGAGGUGGAACUGCUCAAACAAGAACAAGGCAAAGCCCACAGAGAAGAUGACCCAAACAAGGAACAGCAGCUGAAGCUCCUGCAGCAAGCCCUGCAAGGAAUGCAACAGCAUCUACUGAAAGUCCAAGAGGAAUACAAAAGGAAAGAAGCUGAACUGGAAAAAAUCAAAGAUGACAAGUUACAGGUGGAAAAAAUGCUGGAAAAUCUCAAAGAAAAGGAAAGCUGUGCCUCUAGACUGUGUGCGUCGAGCCAGGAUAGUGAUUACCCUCUGGAGAAGACUCUGAACAGCUGUCCUGUCAAAUCUGAACGCGAAGCCCUGCUAGUGGGAAUUAUCUCCACAUUCCUUCAUGUCCACCCAUUUGGAGCAAGCAUUGAAUAUAUCUGCUCCUACUUGCACCGUCUUGAUAAUAAGAUCUGUACCAGUGAUGUGGAAUGUCUCAUGAGCCGACUCCAGCACACCUUCAAGCAGGAAAUGACUGGAGUGGGAGCCAGUCUGGAGAAGAGAUGGAAAUUCUGUGGCUUUGAGGGCUUGAAACUGACCUGAAUCCCUUUGCUUAACAACCUGGGAUCCUGAAAAUACAUGUGUGUUGGACAAGCUUUUAGAAAGUGAUUUGUAUUUUCAAUGCUUUUCAAGUGGAAAUUGCUUUAAAUUUGUCAGUUCAUUCCUGGAAUAUCUUUUGAGUUAAAAUAAGGAUCCUAGAACAGCACUUCAAGCUACAGGCCCUAUAAAGAAGUCGACUUAAACCUCAAGUGCUGUAACUUCCUCUCUUUCUGUCAAUUGGUUGUCUUUUUUUAUUAGUAGUAUUAAAAAGGCCUGAGGCUAAUGCGUAUUUAGGGUGUUUUCAGUGUCUGUACUACUGUUGUAGACUUUGGUAUUUUUUAAACACUGUUAACUGAAAUGUUUUGAUGAUUUGUACGUGAUUUGUGUUUUGGAACUUCUCUUUACAUUAAUGUUGCUACUGGUGAGAGGAAUGACAGGAGCACUAGGGACUCCAUAACUGACAUUGUCUUUCCAAUCCCCAGUAGGCCAGUGAGUGAAUAACGCAUCAGUGUCUUCUAGAAGGUGUUUGACCAGGUUCACCUUUUAAAAGACAAAGCAUGGUUUGUGGCUUUUUGCAAAAUUACUGUGAACCAAAAGUUGACAAAUGUUUCAGAGUUAUUUUCUCUAAUGUAUCAGAUAAUAGGUUUAUUUCAAAAUUUAAAAAAAACAAUGUAUUCAUGGAAAGCAAGUGUCCAGUAUGACUGGCAUGUGUAUGUGGUAUUCAGAAUCACCUUGUAAAUAGUUUGCUUUUAAAGGAGGGCAUGUUUUCUAUGAAUUAAAACAUACCUGUGUGCUCGCCUUCACACAAACACACACACAUACAUACACAUUGGCAGAAGGAGUUUAUUUUAAUAUGCUUUCUCCUCUGGCCUUCUGACAAAGUCUGGUGGUCCCUUUUCUUUUGCUAUCAGUGUGUUGAAUUGCAAACCAUGUACUGCUGUAAAUACUAUGUUUACUUCAUGCUGAAUGUUUGCAAACAGUUGAUAGGAGUAUUAAUAGAGAAUUCUUGAUAAUGAAUAAAUAAUGAGCUAGGGUGUGUGAAGCUUCAUGCAAAUAGGUCAGCUCCAUCUGGAGUGCUGAGUGCUAAGGACAAGUCCAGUUGUGCGUGGACCAGUCAGAAGUCUUGUUUGAUGGGAAAGAAAGGGAAAGGAUGAGGACUGGGGGCUUAUAUCCUGAGGCAGAGAUAGUCUUUUCUUCUGUGGUGGUGGUGGUGCUUAUAAUAACAUCAGCAUGCCCUCUCUUGAGUCUUGAUUGAAAAGAAGAGAAUGUACUAAGUAAGCAAAGCCAAUGAAGAGUAUUUCAGGAAAAUACUUUGUAAAUCAGAUGUCAGUAGUGUUCAAAGUUGUAUUUUUAAAAGAUAAAUAUUCCUUUUUAUACCUCAGUUUGGUGUCCUGUUUUGAAUUUUUUGCUUUCUAAGUAAUCCUUUAGUAAAUCAUCUCGAUUUCCUCCUUUGAGUUACCAGAAUAUUGGAAGAAGAUGCUAAACCGUCUGCUUUGACAGCUAGAAAUAGGAUUCCACAGCAGCCCAUUCAUGCUGAAAGCUGGCUUCCCCCUGAGUACCCAGCUGUGGCACCAGCAGGAAGCGAAGGUUAUUUUUACACUAGCUUCCUCACUGAAGCAUCUCUGUCAUCAACGCUACAGAAAGCUUUGAUUCAUCAGUCUCAGGGGUCCUGGAAUGCCUUGUUUUAAUAACAUCUAUGAAAUCAGGGGAAAUUUGCCACUUAUCAAUUAUUUCUUAUUUAAAUAAGUUAAAUAAAAUGCAUUUAAAGCAA